GGCAUCCUUGAGGAGGCAGCGCCGGGGCGAAGGCUCGCGUCAGUUCCUGUUCAUAUGCUGGGCUCGGCCAAUUACACGUCGGCUCCUUCGGCUCCCGCCUCGUCUCCAUGGUGACAGGAGGAGCCAGCCUUUUCCGGCCCCUUUGGGGAGCCACUUGUUCCUCAACAUGGGGACAAUACACUUAUUUCGCAAAUCACAGAGGUCUCUACUUGGCAAGUUAACACAGGAAUUUAGAUCAGUAGCUGCUGAUCGAAGGUCAUGGAAGAUCUUGUUGUUUGGUGCGAUAAACAUAGUGUGUACUGGCUUCCUCCUUAUGUGGUGCAGUUCAACAAACAGCAUAGCUUUAACUGCAUAUACCUACCUAACUAUCUUUGAUCUUUUCAGCUUAAUAACAUGCUUGAUAAGUUAUUGGGUAAUGAUGAAGAAGCCCACCCCAGCUUAUUCAUUUGGGUUUGAGAGAUUUGAAGUCCUAGCAGUAUUUGCUUCCACGGUUCUAGCACAACUUGGGGCGCUCUUUAUACUCAAAGAAAGUGCUGAACGAUUUCUGGAACAACCAGAGAUUCACACGGGUCGAUUGUUGGUUGGGACCUUUGUGGCACUCUCUUUCAACCUGUUUACAAUGCUUUCUAUUAGGAAUAAACCUUUUGCUUAUGUCUCUGAAGCUGCAAGUACAAGUUGGCUUCAGGAACAUGUUGCAGAUCUCAGUAGGAGUUUGUGUGGGAUCAUUCCUGGGCUGAGCAGCAUCUUUCUUCCACGCAUGAACCCUUUCAUCUUGAUUGACCUUGCAGGGGCUUUAGCUCUUUGCAUUACAUACAUGCUAAUCGAAAUUAAUAAUUAUUUUGCAGUAGAUACUGCCUCUGCUCUAGCCAUUGCCUUGAUGACGUUUGGUACCAUGUAUCCCAUGAGCGUCUACAGUGGAAAGGUAUUGCUUCAGACAACACCACCUCAUGUGAUUGGACAGCUUGAUAAACUUAUAAGAGAAGUUUCUACAUUGGAUGGUGUCUUAGAAGUACGAAAUGAACAUUUUUGGACAUUGGGAUUUGGUUCUCUGGCUGGAUCAGUACAUGUGAGAAUUCGAAGAGAUGCUAAUGAACAAAUGGUACUUGCUCACGUGACCAAUCGGUUGUAUACGCUAGUGUCUACGUUGACUGUUCAGAUUUUCAAAGAUGACUGGAUUAGGCCAACCUUGACCUCUGGACCUAUUGCAAACAAUAUGCUGAAUCUUUCAGAUCAUCACAUCAUUCCAAUGCCACCUCUAAAGAUGGCAGAAAACUCUAACGUGGCUACAUCUACUCCAGCUAAAGCAAGUAGUCCACCUCCAGAAUUCUCCUUUAACACACCAGGCAAAAAUAUGAAUCCAGUCGUUCUCGUGAAUACUCAGACAAGGCCCUACAGACUAGGCUUCAGCCGUGGAACUGUACCUUACAGCAGUGUCUUCACACAAGGAUUUGGAGUCCCAGGAAUAGGGGCAACCCAGGGAUUCAGGACUGGUUUAAUAAAUGCUCCCCACAGAUAUGGAACUGGCACUCAAGGUCAGCCCAGGCCCCAAUAAACUAUUUCCCAUAUU